CAAUUAGAAACGAACAGAAUUUGAAAUGAGCACGAUUAGCCGUAGCCAUUUUGGCUCAAGGCUAUGAACCGCCCGACGACCGCGAGUCGGCUUCGGUCGGCGAUUUCUGAGCGCGAGGGGGUUCGCGCUUUGAGGCCAAAGCAACUGACAACUGUCAACAAUCGAGUUCUGCGCGCAUGGGAGCAGACGGGUACCCAGGCGCCUUGUGGGCGUGUGCGUGCGGCACAACCGACAACCACCCGUGGAGGACCUGGUGCCGAGGCUGUGGCAAGGCGGCCCCCAGGACGUCAUCGGUGGCUACGUACCAGUGGCAGCAGAACAAACGCAAGCGGGCGCCGAAGCAGCAGGGCAAGCAGGAGGGCCAACGGCAGACACAAUGGUGGACGCAGCCGAGGGCCCAGGGCUGGUGGACGCAGCCAGGGGAGUGGCCAGCUCUGGCGACAGCUUCGAGGCCAAGGGCAGCGGCCCAGGCGCCGGCAGCGAACCACGUCGAGGACUUGGCGCGGCUCUGCGAGAAGCUCCACAAGGAAGGCGUGGUGGACCAGGAGGUGCUGGCAGCCGUGCAGGGAGCCAAGGCCAAGGCGGCUCAGGCAGCUGAGGCGGCCAAGCCAGACAAGGGCUUGGAUGACCAGCUGCGCGCGGCGCAGUGCAAGAUCACGCACAAGGAGCGCACGGUGGCCAGAGCGGCCGAGUACGUGGAGGAGACGCGCAAGGAGCUGGCCGACGCCCAGGCCAACUUCAAGGCGGCAGAGCAGGCGGCACAGGAGCGGGCCGACGAGCAGGCGGCACAGAAGCGGGCGGUGCUGCUGCAGCAGAUGUCGGCCAAGGCGUCGGAGAUCACCGACAGGGCGAAGGAGGAUUCGGAGUUCACGCAGGCGUACAAUGAGCUCAAAGACGCCCAGAGGAAGGCCCACUAGUGGUAGUAGUAGUGGUAGUGGUUGUAGGGGCCGUAGUAGAUGUAGAAGUAGCAGAGGUGGUAGCAGUAGCGGUAGUAGUGUUAUUUUAGUAGUAGUAGUAGUAGUAGUAGCCGUCGUCGUUCUAGUUGUAGCAGCGGCACUGGCAGUCUGUGCAAACGUCCUGUUCCGCUGGGUACGAUCGCA